AUGAUACAAGAUUGUUAUGUCAGAGGGGACUGGGAGAUUUCAAGAAGGGACCUUCAUAACCCUCAGUUCAUAGCAAUGUUUAGUGCUAAUCAUGAAUUCCUAGACCUAGACUUUGAAUAUUCAUCAGCAACCUCUGCAAGAAGCCUGAUAUUUUGCCGCAUUGUUGCCAUUCUUUUUCUUGGUCUUCUUCUUUUACGACAUACACUUCCAAUCCUAUUCAUACUCAGUGGAGAAAGAGCAUAUUCAUUGAUAGUGUUUAUGACAGUAGUAUUGAGAAACAUUGGAAUGAUUGUACCAGUUUAUAUAAUGGGUAAAGCUAUUAUUGCAAUCCAACAGUUUCAAUACCAGGGUCAUCAGCAUUCUCCUUUGCAAGCACACGAGGAAAAUGAAAUAGGACAGUCUCAGUUGCGUGCGAAAACAGCACAAAUUGAAGAGGAAGAAUUUGAGUAA